AUCAGUAAGGUAGGGUCGCUACAAUAAAAUUUCGUCAAUGGAUUAUUAUUUUAUACACAUGCGAUUCAGUGUUGAACAGAUUCUUCUACGGACGGGAAAAUCUUCGCAAAGAACUCCUUAAACUCAGAAAAGGAAUGUCGACGUUCCCACCCUCGCCUCCUUCAACCCCUCCAGCCAUUUAUCCAAUGGAAACUUGUCCUCGCAAGAAACUAAAAACCCAGAAAGCUGCAAUGGAGAGGUCGGACUACGAUGCUGUGGAGACUCUCCUCCUCAUGAGGAAUUGUCCAUCAGCUUCUAAAUCAGACACAUCGUCCCUACCCCCUUCACCUACCAGCUCACCGCAUGACGCCCCCCUCUCACCAGCAGCAUCCUUAGAUGAACAUGUUGCCAUGGCACUUGGGGAUGCUACAAGCAUGGAGUAUACGUCUUUCUACAACAAAACACCUGGCUGCAUCGAAACACCCCCACUGACGCCCCCGCCUGGGCUCAACUUCACCCAGUUCAACAUGCCUAUCACUAGUGUCCCUGUUUCCAGAAUAGUCAAUCCUGCAACCAACAGAGCCCAGCAGUCCAUCCCAACAAGUCGUUUGCUUGUGACGCAUCGAUUGGAAAGCUGCAAUGUUGUGAAUACAACUCCAAGCGUCAUGUCGUGUGAAGAGCGGCCAAGCAGAUGGGUCAGAGACGCAACAGCGGUGUCAAGUGUAGCCAGUGGACCAGUCUGCAGUGGACUGACCUCUUCAAUGCCCGCUUUGAGCACAAUGAGCUCGACGCCAAACCAGAACUUGAAUAAAGUCGCAACAAAUGCAACUAGUGGACUUUCUGGGGACGUGUUUAAGGUACCUGUGAUGAGCGCCGAAAGUAUUUGUCGUUUUGUGCCUGUUGGCCCCAGAGGAUCAAAUGCAAUAUCCACAAGCUCAAAGACUGUUUUGUCGACGCAUGAAGCAGUCAGCAUGUCAUCUGUUCCGGUGAUCACAAAGCCAUCUGCCACAACGAAUACAUCGCCUUCAGAAAACUCCACACAAUUGCCAAAUCAAACACAGUACAAACUCAUCGUCAUGGCUGUCCCCACAAAUAUGAUGCAAGUCAUCAGUAAUGCACCAAAGAGUGAAGCAACUGGACCAAAUGUCACAAAGUACUGCCCCCUUGCGCCAGCCCCAAUCCCAAACACAAACUCUGCAAACUCAAAUAAAACUGCUGUGCAGCCAGCCCUGAUGGAGUUCUCCAGGAGAAGGAAUCACUUAUGUAUGCAUGAAAACUGUGGGAAGACUUACUUCAAGAGUUCACAUCUGAAGGCACAUUUAAGAACACAUACAGGUGAGAAACCUUUCAUCUGCAGCUGGGAAAAAUGCGACAAACGUUUUGCUCGAUCAGACGAGCUCUCCCGACACAAGCGUACCCACACUGGGGAGAAGAAGUUUGCCUGCCCGAUGUGUGACCGACGUUUUAUGCGCAGUGAUCACUUGACCAAGCACGCUCGUCGACACAUGUCAACCAAGAAGAUACCAAACUGGCAGUUAGAAGUCACUAAGCUGACGGACAUGGCGUCUUCGGAGAAACAAAGUAACAUGGUCCCGGUUAUUUUAAGCGCUGCACAGUAAGCUGAACGUGUAAAUAAUAUAUAGACUUAUCAGGUCCACCCAAGUAUGCUUGUCAUGCCUGGAAUUUUAUCUAUGAAAGGGCAAGGCCAUUUUCAUUUUGCACCAAGACCAAUGGGCAACAAGGCCAAGGGGCACCAAGGCCAAGACCAGGGCAACAAAGGAUAUGACCCCCUUAGCCUCCAUGUAAUUCCAGACCUGACAUGUCUACCAAGAAUAUUCCCAACUGCCAUUCGGAGGUCUGGAAGCUGGCGGACUUGGCUCCAUCGGAGAAACAAAGCAACAUUGUCCCACAGUCAAUCUUAGCGCUGUACACACUGUGUAAAUAACAUAAACUUUACAUAUAUAUCAGGGUUUUAGAUUCUCUGAACAGAUUAUGGGUGAAUUUUUCCUUUCUGUAACACUUGUGAAAGUCUGUGUAAUAGACUAUUUUAGCUACACUUCAAUCACUGUAAUAAAUUAAAAGAUUAAUUUGAUGUAUGCGGUGUCUCCAUGGAGCAUCUUACCAUUUGGAAUUCCUUACCUAACCCCUGGAGUAAUUUAAUGUGUAUCUUGUAGAUGGAUACCAAAAUGACAUCGACAGUCAACACCCUCACAACUUUGGCCCAAGUGAAGAAAGAAGAGCCAAGUAGGAACAUAGAGAAAGGUCCCACAUAGUGGGCCCUUUUGCUCUGUUCCUACUUGGGUCUAUGCUACUCUCUCAAGUCUGGCAAGGCGUGUUUAUGGAAUCAUUUAUUUGGUUUACUUUAAAUACACUGGUGACAGACUUGCCAGGAAAAUGUAUUUAUCUUGGCAGUGUGUAUACACUGAGAAUUUCUUUUAAAAAAUAAAAGAUUUACCUGUGAACUCUGCUGUCAAAAGACCCCAUGCGUAAUGAUGUCUUGCUUAAACAGAGCCCUUGCUGAAGGAAGACCUAUCAUUGGGUGGAAGUUGUGCGUGGUACACAAUGUUUCAAUUGUCUGAUUUAAGCAAUGGCGACCAAUGCAAAGGGUCUAUGGAAAAUGUGCCUCGGAGAAAGAUGUUAGCUAGGACCAAUGAUUACCUUGGAGAAAAAAUCUUAAGCAUUUUAUUUAUUUAUUUAUUAUACAAAUACAUAGUACAUAAACUGUUUUUUUUUUCUGUUCUUUUUUCUUUUUCAUUUAAAUCUCGGGAAGAUUUUAUUCUGUAUUCUACACUAAGACAUCGAAGUUGCCUGAAUUGCUUUGCUCCACAGCUUUUCAAUUCAGCACAAUAUUUUGGAACGACUAAGACUGGUAUAAUAACAGUGCCUUUUAUGACAACCGGUGAAAGUAAAAUUUCCCGGUUUAACACCUGUCCCUCUAAGUGUCUGUUUCAAAGGUGUAAUUGCUAUGUUAGCAAUUUGUGUAUCACUUGAUUAAUGAGAUAAUUACUUUUCUCUGUACAUCAGUAAUUUUUAAGACCACAACAAUUUGUGUUUGUCCAGAUUUUAGCUUGUUUGAUGUAGACUUUCUCACCAAGUAUCGUACAUUAUCUUUCUUGCAUAUACAUAUUAGAGUAUUGGUAUGCGUUUAAGGGAAAGUACACGUUUGGUAACUACUCAAAACAAAUAUUAACUUAAAAACUGACUUGGUAACGAGCAUUGGAG